AUUCGCCACCGUCCGCUAGGAAACUCAACAUUAGCUGAACCAUCUCGCCUUCUCCCUACAAUGCUAGGACCACGGAUCUUGUUGACCUAUGUUCUUGCCGGUUCUGUCGUGCAAGCUGUAGACCUGUCUGCGGCAAACCUGUAUACGCGACACCAUGUUCAGAAUCGGGCAGAGUCUGAGUCGACCUUCAAUGGGCCCUAUAGCACCCAAGGAAGGCAUAUAAUCGACAGCCGAGGGCAGAAAGUCACUUGGGCUGGCGUCAAUUGGCCUAUGAGCGGCGAGACUAUGAUCCCUGAGGGUCUCGAGUGGGCUUCCGCUGAAGACAUUCUUGAGGAUAUCAAGGGCGUCGGCUUCAACUACAUUCGAAUGGGCUAUGCCAUUGAGAUGAUUGAUCAAGUCUAUGACAGGAAUGGGUCCGAUGUUUCUCUCCAAGUUGCCAUGAUCAACGCCCUUGGAUCUGCCAACGGCACCCGCGUAACCAAAGAGAUAGUCGCAAAGAAUCCCGGUUGGACCUCUGAUACCACUCGCUUCGAAAUCUGGGACCAUGUUACCCGCAUUGCCGCAGAAAAGGGAAUCUUCAUCAGUCCAGACGUACACAUGAGCAAGGCAAAAUGGUGCUGCUCUCAUAUCGAUGGAAACGCUUGGUUCGAGGACAUCGAAUUUCCCGUAGACAACUGGCGCCGCGGGCUUGCCUACGUAGCAAAUUGGGCAAAAGACCACCCCAACGUCGUCAGCAUGUCCCUUCGUAAUGAACUACGCGAGUCCUGGAACGACACAACUCUCAUGUACAACUGGCAAACUUUGGUUGGGAACAUGACCGAGGGAGCAAAUUCGAUUCACGAAGCCAACUCAGACAUGUUGAUCAUCUGGGGUGGAAUGCAAUAUGGUCAAGAUCUUUCAGCGCUCACGAGUGGGAAGAAUCUCUUGACUGCUCCUUGCUACAAGUGUCAGGCAAUUCGCGAUGCUCAUCGCCGUGAACCAGAGUACUUCAAUCUCGACGAUCAUCCGUGGGCUAACAAGCUCGUUUGGGAGGUUCACUUGUACGAAAUGAGUGAAGAUCAGGAUACUGGUACCUGCCCCAUAAUCGAAGCUGGUCUUUAUAGGAACGGGUUCAACGCGCUUGGGAUUGAAGCGCCAUCAGCGUGCAACGUUACUAAUGAUUGCCCCGAAGCUGUACGAGAGACGCCAGUAAUAUUCUCCGAGUUUGGAAGUGCUCAAGACGAAUCACUCUUCAACCACACGCUUAAUAAUUGCUUGCGCGAGUUCACGAUAGAGAAUGAUAUCAGCUGGAUGAUGUGGUCAAUCGCUGGUUCUUAUAGAAUAAGAUCGGGUGUUCAGGGCAUGGCUGAUACCUGGGCCUUGACCAACUCUGCGUGGAACGGGUGGAACUACAAGCAAGGAAUCGAAGAGUGGUGGAAGCCAUGGGUUCAAGCCAUGAACGUUACGUGGGUUAUUUGA